UUUCUUUUUUUUUUUUUAUUAAUUAUUAUUUAUUCUUUAUUUUAUUAUGUUGCAGUUUUUUUUAGAUAGAAACGGUAAAGAAGUUCAAGAGGUAGAAAUCCCUGUAACUUCAACACCUAUUUUUGAAGGACAUUUAUAUAUUCGAACAGCAGGAACGAAACAUUGGCAAUGGAGACUAUUUCGAUUUGAUGGAUCUUGUUUUACUUGCUUAUCUACACGAAAAACAAAAUUACCGCCUAAUACAUUAUAUAAACACUAUGAAGAAAAUGAUCUUUUAUUAGAACAAAAUCAAUAUCCUUUAACAUCACCUUUAUUAGCUACACCAAAAGAUAAAAAUAAAAGAUUAAUAGCCAGCAAUACGACAGAACUAAAAUAUUAUCAACUACCAGAAUGGAGCAUUGAUAUCAUUCAAAUCUCUUCUAUCUCUGUCUUGAAGAGAACAAAAAGAUCGCCUCUACAAUCAUCUCAAUAUAGUAAAUGUUUUUCUAUACGUACUUUAGAUUCCAAUUGCGUCACAUUAAAAGCUCAAACACAAAAGGAUUUAGAAAGAUGGUUAUUUGUCUUGACAAAAAUGUGGAAAUUCACUCAAGCAGUGAAAGAACAGAUGCUUCAAACAUUUCCUUAUUCGCCACCUGUGCUUGUACAAGCUCAUACAUAUCAUCCAACGCCAAUGCCAACGCCAACACCAAUACCAACGUCAACACCAACACCAACACCUAUAUUAUCAAAUGAAAAAAUCAAGGUCAUUGAAGAAUGGAGAAGAUCAUUAGCAGAAUUAAUGGCUAAUGAUCCUACAAUUCGAGUUUCAUCACCACCCCCUAUUGAACCUAUACCAGAUGAUGAUACAAUGAGCAUUUUUACUGAUAUGACAAGUAUAAGUCAUAGACCUAAAACGAUGAUCAAAAGAAGACCAACACGUUCAACUACAUUUAGACGUAACAAUAAAAUAAAUAAUAUGAAUGAAGAAGAAUUAUCGGGUAAUAACGACGGUGAGAAUAAAGCGAUCAUGGCAUUAAAAAAGAAACGAUCAGAUGAUGUUCGAAAUUGGAUGAAUCAUGAUAAACCACUUCUUGUCGAUAGUCAUAAAAAGAGCCUCGAUAAACUAAUAUCACAUGAUAAUAUAACAAAAGAAGAGAAAAAGAAGAAGAAGAUGAUGAUGAUGAAGAAGAAGAAUACACAGUUACCACCUUAUAUCAAUUACUUUCAAGAUGUGACUACUACUAUUUGUGAUGAUGAAUUAGGUUCCUAUGACAAUCAUCAGCGUAACAAUAAAUUAAUAUAUCAUUCCUCUGUUCGCGGUAAGAAAUUGAUCCAAAUCAAUCAUCAAGAGGAAGAAGAGAAGAAGAAGAAGAAGGAAGAAGAAAGGAGCCAUCGUUAUAUCUUGAAUAGACCUUCUUCUCUUAUCUAUCCUACAACAAAAAGAUCUUCUACUAUAUCAUUGUUAGAUGAUCAUUUAUUACUGGAUCAACAAAAGAUCUAUUCAUUAUCAUCUCCACUUCAAUUUUUGCCUGCUAUGAUGACUACAAGUGCUGAUAAAGAAGAAGAAAAUAUGACAUUAGCUGAUUUACAGAAAUCAUUAAACCAAAUUGUUAUACAUAACAAUGAUAAGCAGCAACAGAAACGACAUCAUCAUACAAGGUCACAUUCUUCUUGUUCAACUCAUGAAUUAAAUCAACAACCUAUUUAUUGUUAUUCAUUACCUUCUAUCGUAGCUCCUGCUGUUCCACCUCAAAGAUCCUCAUUUUACCUAUUUGAACAACAAAAGAAGAUGCCUACAACUUCAUUUUCAUCUCAUAUGGUAGAUACUGCUGCUACUACAAAACUAAAUCAUAGUUUACCUCUUAAUCAUAACUCUUCAUAGUAAUAAAACAACAAUCAU